UCGAAAGUGAGUCCACUCUAAUUAUUGGCUAUUCUACAUCUGAAUCUCACGGCUAAGCAAAUACCUUUCAAAUAAAAAGGCAAACAACAAGAACAACAGGUAAUUUACAAGUUCAUCAUCUGAAAUACUUUGUUUAUUUUUUGCGAAAUCAGGAAUAACUUGACAAAGCUAGGCUGCAGAUAACAUUUAGGAUAAACUACAAUUCACAUAUUUCUGCUUUUAAUUUCUUACAAACUCCUGUAGAGAUAUACAAUUAUUAAUAGGAAAAUGGCGACAAUCUCCCAAAGUGACCUGCUUGAGGAAAUAAGAGAGAUUCGCGAUAUCGUCCAAGAUUACAAACCAGGUAAAAACGUCACCCUUCCCGACAAGAUUUCCUUUCCCGAAAACCUCUUCGUUGGAUUGUUUGGAAGAACUGGGUGCGGAAAAAGUUCUCUGAUAAAUUCCCUAAAGUUUGCAGCUCAGGGACGUUUGAGAAAGUCGCAAUGGAUUGAAGUAGCAAGUCAGGAGAAAGCAGGGGGUCAUACCAUGUUCAGAAAGAUCGCUAAUUUGACCCAAUGCAUCUACGUCAUUGAUAACCGAGGACUAGACAACCCGAGUGCAGAAGAAGUUCAUGCUGAAAUAGCAGCACAACUUGACGGAGACCGAGGCUACAGUGAACAGGUCCAAUGGUUAGGUGAAGAAGUACAACGGUUCGAUAUCCCGGCAGUUGAUCGGAAGAAAGGACACCCAAUAACAUGUGCUGUUUUCGUGUUCAGCGCUAUUCAUGACAUCAAAUCAGAUUUUGCUGGGCUCAAUCACUUGGUUGAUUUUCUGCACCGUCGCCAAGGGUGUUACCCCGUUGCCGUCAUCACCCACGUUGACGUAGCCGAGCGAAACGACAUCGACAUCCUGCUCGCUGUUCUCCGUGUCUCAGGGAUCGGCGAUAUCUACGAGGUGGCCAACAUCACCAACGAUAAGACCAAACUAGAUGCGCAGUACCAACUGAAUCUUCUGAACCUGAUCGAGAGAUGCAUAACCAUUGGAAAUGAUACAGCUGUCUUCAAGCACUAUCAACGUGUGGAGCUGGAGCAGAAGGCGGAGAAGGCGAAGCUGGGUCCGACAGAGAAACCAGUGCCAACAGCAAAGGUAUCACAUCAAGGGGCUCAAAGCGUCAAGAGGACGGAGAAGAGUCAGGAGUGGGAAAUGGUGGAGUGGGAAAGAAGAGAGGUCGAACAACUCAAGAAAGACCUUGAGAAGAGAAGUAUGGAGCUGGAAUUCCUGGAGCGGGAUCAUAAGAUGAAGAUGGAGUUUGAGAAGCAGCAGCAUGAGCUUCAGAUGGAGCGACAGAAGCUGGAGUCCCGCGAGAUGCAACUCCAGGAAGAAGAGCGGGAACGUCGGUUCCAAGAACAGUUGCGGAAAAUAGAGGCUGACAAACGUGAAGAGCUCAUGCGCAUCAUGGAGGCCAACAGAUCUAAGGGUCAUGGAUUCCUACCAGUUAUCAAUCUCCCUGGCUGCCCAAUACAGUGAUCAACAAUGUUUUUAAUUAUUAUAACUAUUUGGCAUACUGCGCCAUAUUUGUGGCACAAAUUGGUUGGAAUAGCACCUAACUAGUAUAAAUAUUGUUCUUAAUUUCUCUUGACCGUUAGCAAAACAAAAACAAAAUACUUUGUCGAUAGGUCCUUCUAUGCUCUGCUCCACGUUAGUGGAAUUCUCUUCCAGCUUCCCUUCGUUGCAUCUCUGAUAUUACCUUGUUUAGAUCAAAAUUAAAAACCAACCUAAUGGAAAAGGCAUAUUCAACCAUGAACCUACUUAAACCUAGUUCUUAAAUAGUGACCUUAACUUGCUAUCUUACGUUUGAUAAUUUCUCAUUUGUUCUCUUUUCAUUUCUCUGUUAAAUUUUACUUCCAUCAAUUUAUAUACAUUUAUACGACGUUAUAUAUCUCGUUAAGUGAAUUAUAUCUACUCUGAAUGGGCCAUGAAAUAAAAAUGAAGUAAUUGAUGAAUCCAGUGAUAGAUGGGCUAUGUAGCACUACUUUGUUACUUUGUUACGAGAUGUAGUACAUUGGUGAACUAAAGUAUUAAGACACACGGAUCUUCUCCGUGUAGGAAUUAGUGAAUAAUAAUUUCAAUGUUUCUUGUGUUAAUUUGCUCAGUCUGUGACAAAUGUUAAAAAAAUUAAUUGAGAAAAAAGGGUCACAAAGUUUUUGCGAAAAGCCAAGCAAGUCUUUUGAAAUUUCAAUUUUCCGGCUGCAUAUUUUGAAUAGGGUGGUCAUAUGAUAAUUGAAUGUGGAGUACAACAAGGGUUAAAUUUAGGACCAUUAUUAUUUGUUAUCUUUAUUAACUACUUACCGAACUGUCCUUAAAAUUGUGCUAUUUCAUUAUAUGCCGAGGAUAUCUGCCUUUAUUAUGCUAGUAAUAUUCUACAAGAUAUUGAAAAUCAUUUGAAUGAAGACUUAGGGAAUAUUUCUGCUUGUCUUUCAUGUAAUCAGUUGGCAUUAAUGUGAAAAAGUGCUAAUCGGAACUUAAAAACAGAAUUCGUGGGAAAAAUCUAGAUCUUGUUAUUGAUAACAUAAAACUGAAUCAGUUUACUGUGUGUAAAUACCUUGGGAAAUACAUUGAUAACUCGUUAGAUUGGGAUAAACAUGUGAAACAUUUGUGUAAAAGUACUGUGAAGAAUUUGUAUUUGUUAAAAAAAAUAAGACAUUGCAUCUCGCAAAAACCCGCAUUACAUUUUUAUAAGUCAAUUGCUCAAAGUAAGUUGGAUUAUUGUGAUGUUUUUUGGGAAAUACGAAGAAACAAAAUAUUCAAAAAAGCCCGGAUUAUCUUUUAGGUAAAUUUAAUUUUAAAUACAAUGCUCCUCGUAUAUUUACUUUACCAAGAAUUAAAACGUGCUUCAAAAAGAAAAGUUUAAGUUAGUAGGGUGCAAAACUAUGUAAUGAAUUGCUGGUAGAAACUAAAUAUAAACCAACUUACUAUACUUUCAAAAGGAGUUAAUAAUAUUCAUAAUAUCAUGCUUGACUUUUAAAAGCAAACAAAAACAACUGAUUUGUUUUUUAAAUAUUUUUUCUUUUUGUUUUGUUUUAUUUUUCUAAAUUAGGGCUUGUUUGAAUUUCGCGCCUUCUAACCUAUUUGUAUAUAUAUAUAUAUAUAUAUAUAUAUAUAUAUAUAUAUAUACGUGUAUGUUUUAUUUAACUUUGUAUGUUAACCAUGUUAAUCUAUAAUUUAUUUUGCUUUGUAGAAUUGUGAUUGCGUUUUAUAUGCACGGCCUUACUGAAGAUCAGCCAUUGGCUGAAGUAUACCACCGUGCUAAAAUAAAAUAAACCCCAUUCAAUUUGUAUUGAUUUCAGCAUAAAUUGAAUUGUCAUACAUUAAAUAAUAUUACAAUUUGAAGGAAAAA